AUGCUUGGUCGUCUGCUUGCAAAGAACAUGAUCCACGAUGGGGGUAUACAUGCUGAAGAGCCGCCUUCGCAGUUUACCCCACAUCUGAGCGAUGAGAUUAAACAAAAAUUAUACGGCACGAAGCAUCUGGACUGCACCGUGUCGUCCGUGCAUCGCUUCAGAGUGGUGGUAGCGCAAGAACUGGGUCAGCUAAUGAGCAGACACAAUUACCAAGUGGUUUUGGAUUACGUCACAGCGCGUGGUUCGGCCAUGGAUCACAUUUCCGUCACCGAGGUAAAGGAAUACAUGUUUGGGUCGCCUGUGCGAGCCAAGAUCCGCCAUAAAACCGAAAAAUUUCGCGUUGUGGCCAACGCGGGCGUUCUUUUAGUUACCAGGGUCUUCUAUGCUCCAAAUCGCGACACUCGACUAGCCAUAUGUCUAUCCUUACCGGAGCCAUUUUUGACCGCGCUGAGUGAAAUCUGGAGUCACAUUAGCCGGUGGCUUGAUGAGUGUCAUGCUCUACUGCUUGCCAUACUCUCAAAUGAAAACUUAACGUUUCUGCCGCGCGACUUGCGCGCUCACGAUCCUCAGACAACACAAUCAAUCAUUCAGUCCAUCCACACUCUUGUGUUGCCGCUAAUGUCUUCGCACACAGAGAUCCCCAGGCUUCUAUUAUACCCACCGGUCAAUCACGACUUUCUUUCAAGCUGGUUCAAAGACGUUUUCCAUUGGCUUGACAUAAAAGAUGGACAUAGGCUACGAUUUCUGCCGGUACUCUUCACCAAAAUCGUGCAAGAUUUUGCUGCGGAGCUGACCAAUAACGAAUGUUCUCGCAUUGUCAUCAUAUCGGGGAACAUGGCUGUUGCUAACAAAUUGAUCUUUUUGAUAUCAGCACUACUUAGGCCUCGAUUCAACGGCCGAAUACAUACCCUCGAGGAUAGCGCAGACACCCAACAGCGCGCGCACAGAGAGUCCCCGAAACAAACUUUACCAUCCAAGGGCGAGUUUGGCUCCCAGGAUUCUGAGUCUAAAUCUUAUGGCACGAUCACAGGUAAAGGUUGGGAAAUACCCAAGAAAAAUGCCUCUCUCAGCUCAACCAGUCUGUCUUCGGACGGAACACCAGCCCAGGUCAUUCAGCCUGCAUCUAUCAAGAGUAGUAGCAGCUCUCUGCAAUAUCUGUCGUCAUCUCUCUCUUCUGCAUAUGGCAGCUACGGCUCAUGGUUUGGCAAACGAAUGGGCACGACUGCAGCGCCCACUUCUGGUCAAAAUUUGAAUCAUUAUGGGAGCUCUAUGCAUAGUCCGUCUUCGAAACCCAGCGAGUACAUCGACCACUCUCCUUUUCAACAUCACAAUGGCAGCAAUUCAUCGCUUCACCAAAUGUCUUUUACCACAAAUCGAGUCACACCACUGCCGUCGCCUCUUGCGAUGGAACAAGAAGAGUAUCCGUGGACGUCAAGCACGCCAAGCUCCCCUCGUGCCGAAAACGGUCGACAAGGGUGGGGGCAGUGCUCUGGACUCCCGCUGCAUAACGUGGAUGUCAGAAGAAAUUGCAAUAGGAUUACUGACACCACAAGCGUUGAUGAAGCUUUCGAGUCAAUCUGCUUAUUUGAGCCCAAGGACUGUAAAUUAAGCAUAACUAAGGGCACUGAACGGCAUGCUCCGGUCUUGGAGGUACACUCGGAUUUCGAGUUCCAAGGCUAUCCUUGCUUUGUGGAGGAGCUGCUACCGAAAUACACAUCUUAUCUGCCAAAUUUCGUGCCGUGGUUUCAAUUGCAGGCGAUUCCCAUAGCACUGGAUGCGGAACGCAAAGUCCUGAACGCCAUGAAGGCGGAUCUGCACACUCAGGUGCAGUCCCGUACCUUGCUAAUUUCACUGCGGUCGCGCGAAAUCAAAGACGUUAAUGUGGAGCGAGAUCAUUCCUCUUCCAGAAACGUUUUAAGAACCAAGAAAGUCUUUUCGUCGGGCAAGUGCGGCAGUCUGUCGCCGAAGUUUCAGCAGCUAGUGCUGGCGUGUGAGUCGAACAUUAGACGAGCUAUGGUUAUUUGUGAAGACAAUGGCAACCCGGACGAAAAAUUUCAAGCCCUUCAACAGAUAUUCGAAGGACUCUGCCAUUGA